CACUGGGAAGCAAAGGGAUUACAAAGGCACAGAGACCCAUUUGCCGACCAGAAAUGGACACAAGAAAACUAAAUGUGAGGAGAAUGCGAGGUGACGAUCAAGAGAGUGUUAAAGACGAAUCCCCAGCAGAGCCGCACGGCAGUGGCCCUGCCCGCCCCGUUCCUGCUCUCGUUCGCCUCUAUGUGUAUGCGCUGCAUGGCUGUUUCUGUGAGGUGGCCUUCACUGCUGUGUGGGACUGGUGCAGCACCCAGGACAGGAGGCUGCCUGGUCACAGCAGCCUGUGGGCACUGCCCAUGUAUGCCACAGCAAUCUAUCUCAUGGAGAGGCUGAGGGCCCGACUCCUGGCUCAAAAUCACCCACUGACUGUGAGACUGAUGGCCUACACUGUUUUCAUCUACUUAUGGGAGUUCAGCUGGGGUGCGGGGCUCAGUUUGUUGGGAGCCUGUCCAUGGGACUAUUCAGGUUAUAGGUACAACCUGGGAGGACUGAUAACUCUGGAGUAUGCUCUUCCCUGGGCUGUGGCAGCUUUUAUAGCAGAGCAGCAUGUGAUCAGGUUCACUUUAAGGAUAAGCCUGCACAACUGA